AUGAUGGCAAACAACCCUGCUGCCUCCGUGCACACGCCCACGAACGACGAAGCGCUCAUCACGGACGCGCCCGUGGCUCGCCACUCGACGCGCCGCCGCGGCUGGCUGCUCCUGGCCUCGCUCGUGAUCGUCGGUGCCGUCGUUGGCGCCGUCGUGUACGUGGCCUCGCCGUCGUCGUCGACGACGACGUCGACGUCGGCCACGCAGCUCUUGGCGGCGGACGAGCACUCGACCGCGGUCAACCUCCCGCAAGUCAUCAUUGCGGCGCUUGAGGAAAACAAGCCCAACCUCGCGCAGCUCGUCAAGGACAACCCGUGCAAGGAGAUGGGGUACCUCUACAACGAGAAGGGCUCCAACUACAAGGCGCUCGCGCGCUGGAUCUCGGGCCUCAACGUCAUCCGCUUCGAGCAAGUCGAGCUCACGACGUCGGCCAACGGCACGUUGAGUCUGCGCUUGAAGGCGACGUUCCCGGCGCUCCCCGCGAGCCUCCGCAUUGACGGCUGCCUCGGGUCGCUCUGCUCCAACAUCGCCGACGACACCAAGACGUGCUGCGGCACGGAGAAGACUGUGACGCUUGUCGCGUCGAUUGGCUGCAGCGAAUCGUUCCCGUUCCUGCGCAACGUCCAGUUUACGACGGCGACGAUCACACCGAUCAUCGUGACGGUCAAGGCGCUCGGGCAGACGAUCACCAAGGACCUGACGCCGUCGAUCGAAGCCAAGUUCAAGGAGGUCGUGACCGGCCAGGGCUUGGAGUACGCCAACACCAAGCUCAAGGAGCUCUUCGGCGACGCUGUCCAGUGUGCGCAGUAA